AAUGUCUAAAACUGGAUGAUAUAUAUUCUCCUCCGGGUGCAGCAGCGGUCUUCAGUACUCGCGCAUUUUUUUUCAAUCCGCACGGGCAGCAGGAGCGAAGACCAUGAGCAAGAGCCCGACCCAAUCGCCGGCACUCUUCCUCCUCGCUCUCGUGCUGCUGUCCGUGUACUUCCUCGUCCCAGCCUCGGCCGCCGGCAGCACGUUGACCCAGUCGAGCGCCAUCGCCGGCGGCGAGCAGCCUCAGCUGGUCUCCCCCAGCGACGUGUUCCGGCUGGGCCUCUUCCCCCUCGCCAACAACACCAAGUGGUUCCUCGGCAUCUGGUUCACGGUCUCCCCGGCCGCCGUCGUCUGGGUCGCCAACCGCGAACGCCCUCUAAACACCCCUUCCUCCGCCGUCCUGGCGCUCACCGCCCGCGGGAGCCUCGUCCUCCUCGACGCCUCGAGAAACAACGAGACCAUCUGGUCGUCGAAUUCCUCUUCCGCCGGUGCGGCCGUGAAGGCGGAGGCGCAGCUCCAGGACAACGGCAACCUGGUCGUGGUGGCCGCCACGGAUGAAGAACAACAACGGCAGGCGGUGAUCCUGUGGCAGAGCUUCGAGCACCCGACCAACACGUUCCUGUCGGGGAUGCGGUCCGGGAAGGACCUCCGGACGGGCGCGCUUUGGUCCCUCUCGUCCUGGCGCGGCGCCGACGACCCGUCCCCCGGAGCCUUCCGCUACGUGAUGGACACGGCCGGCUCGCCCGAGCUGCACGUCUGGAAGACGACGGACUCCGACGACGGGCACGGGCGGAGCAAGAAGACGUACAGGACGGGGCCGUGGAACGGGGUGCGGUUCAGCGGGAUCCCGGAGAUGACGACGUUCGAGGACAUGUUCGAGUUCCGCUUCACCAAUGCACCCGGCAGCGAGGUCUCCUACACGUUCCGGGACCGCGUGGUGGGCGGCUCCCAGAUGAUGUCCCGCGUGGUGCUGAACGAGUCGGGGGUGAUGCAGCGGAUGGUGUGGGACGGGCCGUCGGCGGCGUGGAGCAGCUUCUGGACGGGGCCGAGAGACCGGUGCGACACCUACGGGCUCUGCGGGGCCUUCGGGGUGUGCAACGUGGUGGACGCCGUGGUUUGCAGCUGCGUCAAGGGGUUCGCGCCGAGGUCGCCGGCCGAGUGGCGCAUGCGGAACGCGUCCGGGGGCUGCGCACGGGUCACGCCGCUGCAGCGGAAGUGCGCCGGAGCUGGGGAAGAAGAAGAGGUGGAAGAGGAUGGGUUUUACGUGCUGCGUGGUGUGAAGCUGCCGGAGACGCACGGGAGUGUUGUCGACGCGGGCGCCACGCUGGAGGAGUGCGGGCGGAGGUGCCUGGCUAACUGCUCCUGCACGGCGUACGCGGCGGCGGACAUCCGGGGCGGCGGGACCGGCUGCGUACAGUGGUUCGGCGACCUCGUGGACACGCGGUUCGUGGAGCCUGGGCAGGAUCUCUUCGUCAGGCUCGCGAAGUCGGACCUAGAGGCAACUACUAAGACCAACAAGCUGGUCGGGGUCAUCGCAGCGGUGGCUACAGGGUUCGCGCUGCUUCUGCUAUCGCUUGGCUGUCUGAUUUGGAGAAGGAGAAAGGCAUGGCGCAGCAGUAAACAAGCCCCCAUGUUUGGUGAAGCAUUCCACGAAUGCCCGACGUACCAGCUCGAGAUCAUCAGAGCCGCUACGGACGGAUUCUGCCCCGGGAACGAGAUCGGCCGCGGUGGCUUCGGCAUUGUUUACAAGGGCCGACUGUCAGACGGGCAGGAAGUCGCAGUGAAGAAGCUGUCGGCGGAGAACAAGAUGCAGGGCUUCAAGGAGUUCAUGAACGAGGUGGAGAUGAUCGCCAAGCUGCAGCACCGCAACCUGGUGCGCCUGCUCGGCUGCUGCAUCCAUGGCUCCGAGAGGAUCCUCGUCUACGAGUACAUGAGCAACAAGAGCCUCGACGCCUUCAUUUUCGCAGAUGCGAGGAGGCGUGCGUCGUUGAGCUGGAGAACGAGGAUGGAGAUCAUCUUGGGCGUCGCCAGAGGGCUUGUCUACCUCCACCAGGAUUCGAGGCACACCAUGAUCCACCGGGACCUCAAGGCCGCCAACGUCCUCCUCGACGGGGACAUGGUGGCCAAGAUAUCGGAUUUCGGCAUCGCCAGGAUUUUCAGCAGCAGCAGCAGCAACGCCGGACUUGGUGAUCUGGACUGCUCGUCGACGGUCACGGAGAGGAUUGUUGGCACAUAUGGUUACAUGUCACCGGAGUACGCCAUGGGCGGAAUGGUGUCGUUCAUGCAGGACGUGUACAGCUUCGGCGUGCUGUUGCUGGAGAUCGUCGGUGGCAGGAGGAACCAACGGAGUUUCAACCUCAUAGCCCACGCAUGGAAGCUAUUUGAAGAAGACAGGAGCCUGGAGCUCCUUGACCCGACCGUGCGCGGCGGCUGCGGGCCAGCGGAGAUGGAGCAGGCCGCCACGUGCAUCCAGGUUGGGCUGCUGUGCGUUCAGGAGAGCCCCAGCCAACGGCCUCCCAUGGCCGCCGUGAUCCAGAUGCUGUCGCACCAACAGGCGCCGGGGCGGCCGCGGCGGCCGGUGGUCUGCACACCAAUGAGCAAUCCGGCGGCGGCCCUUAUCGGCGUGCAAGAAGAGGUGGUCACCUCCGGCAGCGGCGAGCUGACCAUUACAAACCUCGAAGGCCGGUAGCGUGGACGUACUCCUACGAUGGAUGCAACUGCAAGCCAAGAUUGAUAACAUGACUGACGACUUCUCUGAAUGUAAAUGGGUAGAACAACAGGUCCUUGCAUCUACACGCAUCUGCACUCGCGAGCGUAAUUUAUACUUUCACCUGAAUUGGGCUUGCAUCUGUACUUAUCCGUGAAAAAUUAAUUUCAAGUUAACUUUAUUUAAUUUCAAGUGAAACAUUACAGAGUGUGACUAUAUCUCAGUCACCUGAUUUUUAAGACAAAUGAUUAAAUCUCA